GCGAUAUUUGCAAGUUGUAUACCUGAGAUUAUAGACUUGAUUGGAACAAGAGCCAAAUAUGGGGGCACAUUAAAAAAUGAAAAGGGUCGAAGACAUAUUGUGGUCUGUGGUCACAUAACAUACGAAUCGGUGUCACAUUUUCUCAAGGAUUUUCUGCAUGAAGAUCGUGAAGAUGUCGAUGUUGAAGUGGUAUUUUUACAUCGAAAACCACCCGAUUUGGAACUAGAAGGUUUAUUUAAACGUCAUUUUACAACAGUGGAAUUUUUCCAAGGCACUAUUAUGAAUCCCAUCGAUCUACAAAGGGUUAAGGUUCAUGAAGCUGAUGCCUGUUUAGUGCUUGCCAAUAAAUAUUGUCAGGAUCCAGAUGCUGAAGAUGCUGCCAAUAUUAUGCGUGUCAUUUCAAUAAAGAAUUACAGUGAUGAUAUCAGAGUUAUUAUUCAAUUAAUGCAAUAUCAUAAUAAGGCUUAUCUAUUAAAUAUACCAUCGUGGGACUGGAAACAGGGUGAUGAUGUCAUCUGUUUGGCUGAGUUAAAAUUGGGUUUUAUCGCACAAAGUUGUUUAGCUCCUGGAUUCUCUACAAUGAUGGCGAAUCUGUUUGCUAUGCGUUCAUUUAAAACCUCACCAGAUACUCAGGCCUGGCAAAAUGAUUAUCUUCAAGGUACAGGGUGUGAGAUGUAUACCGAAACCCUAUCACCUUCAUUUACCGGCAUGACAUUUCCACAAGCCAGCGAAUUAUGUUUUUCGAAAUUAAAACUAUUAUUGUUGGCAAUCGAAAUCAAGGGCAAUGAAGAUGGAGCUGAUAGUAAAAUCUCUAUUAAUCCUAGAGGCGCUAAAAUUCAAGCUAAUACACAAGGAUUUUUCAUAGCACAAAGUGCAGAUGAAGUAAAAAGAGCGUGGUUCUAUUGUAAAGCCUGUCACGAGGAUAUUAAAGACGAGACUUUAAUUAAAAAGUGCAAAUGUAAAAACUUGGCAGUUCAACCCCGGAACAAGUUUGAUGAUUUAGAUGUGGGCAUGAUUAUGAUGCAGACCGGAAUGGUGAAUCAAGGCAUAUCCUCAGUCAUUAACCAAAUGGAGGAUGAUCACCAUCCUGCACCCACUUUUACACCACCAGAACUACCGAAAAGGGUGCAUGUGCGUCGAUCAAUAUCGGGUGAUAUAACCAGAGAUCGUGAAGAUAUGAAUCUACUAAAUCGCCAUACCCGUCGACCGAAUGGUUCAACUGGUAUGGGACCAGGAAAUGGUACAACAGCCUUACAUUCUGCUGGCACCGUUAAGCAGGUGAACAAAGUUAAACCAACUGUAAAUAGACAACAACUGGAAGGACAAGUCAUGUCACCAUCCCAAUACAAUCGGCCUCCCGAAAAUGAAGCUAAUCCUUAUGCGGGCUAUCAACUUGCUUACGAAGUUAAAAAGCUCAUGCCCACGAGUCGUAGUACGGGUACAUCACAAAAUCAAAAUGGAGGUGUAACACUGCCGGCCGGUAUUGCGGAUGAUCAAUCGAAAGAUUUUGAUUUUGAAAAGACCGAAAUGAAAUAUGAUUCAACGGGUAUGUUCCACUGGAGUCCCGCCAAGAGUCUAGAAGACUGUAUAUUGGAUCGUAAUCAAGCGGCCAUGACAGUUUUAAAUGGUCAUGUCGUUGUAUGCCUUUUCGCCGAUCCUGACUCACCUCUGAUUGGUUUACGAAAUUUAGUCAUGCCUCUGCGUGCUUCAAACUUUCACUACCAUGAAUUGAAGCAUGUGGUCAUUGUGGGAUCAGUUGAUUACAUAAGGCGGGAAUGGAAGAUGUUACAAAAUCUGCCGAAAAUUUCGGUGUUAAAUGGUUCUCCGUUAAGUAGAGCCGAUUUAAGAGCCGUAAAUGUUAACCUAUGCGACAUGUGUUGCAUACUAUCGGCCAAAGUUCCUAGCAAUGAUGAUCCUACAUUGGCCGACAAAGAGGCUAUUUUGGCAUCAUUGAAUAUAAAAGCCAUGACUUUUGACGAUACCAUCGGAGUGCUGAGUCAACGGGGUCCAGAAUUUGACAAUCUAACGGCUGCGGCGGGCAGCCCGAUAGUGUUGCAGCGUCGCGGUUCCGUUUAUGGGGCAAAUGUCCCAAUGAUAACAGAACUUGUCAACGAUAGUAAUGUGCAGUUUCUCGAUCAAGACGAUGACGAUGAUCCCGACACCGAACUCUACCUAACACAGCCAUUCGCUUGCGGCACAGCAUUUGCCGUUAGUGUCUUAGAUUCGUUAAUGUCCACGACAUAUUUCAAUCAAAAUGCCUUGACCUUAAUAAGAUCGUUGAUAACAGGAGGUGCUACACCGGAACUAGAAUUGAUAUUGGCAGAAGGAGCCGGUUUAAGAGGAGGUUAUAGUACGCCGGAAAGUUUAAGUAAUAGAGAUAGAUGCCGAGUGGGUCAAAUAUCAUUGUAUGAUGGUCCUUUAGCGCAAUUUGGUGAAUGCGGCAAAUAUGGCGACUUAUUUGUGGCAGCAUUGAAAUCAUAUGGCAUGUUAUGUAUUGGCCUUUACAGAUUUCGUGACACAAGCUCCAGUUGUGAUGCCAGUAGCAAACGUUAUGUCAUAACAAACCCACCCGAUGACUUUUCACUACUGCCAACAGAUCAGGUAUUCGUUUUAAUGCAGUUUGAUCCGGGUCUGGAGUAUAAACCACCUGCGGUACGUGCGCCUACCGGCGGCCGCAGUACUACAACACAAGGCUCCGGGGUCGGUGGGGGCGGUUCAAAUAAGGAUGAUAAUUCCUGAUUGUUACUGUGUAGCGCCUUAACUGAUGGUCCUUACUCGUACAUUUGAACGUUGGAGAUUUCUUUUAUGCGCAAACUGACACAAUUUUGGCACAAAACCAUAGGCAUAUUUUUUACACAAAUUAGGCAAAUACUGCAUCUUAUUAAGCAGAACUAAAUUAUUCAAUUCUAGAACAAAAUUAUUUUAAAAUCUAACGAAAUUUUUUUUUAUAUUUAUAUUCAGAUUAUCGCCAAAAAUCUGUCUUUUUGUGCAUUUUAUAUUUAUUUAAACAUGAUUUAAUAAUGAUUUUAAACGCAACAUUAAACCGGAAUACUUAAAUGAAAAAAAAAAUUGUAUUCUUUAUAGAGUAUUAAAGAAAAAGAAGACAAACAACAAUUAAAAAUCAUGUUUAACUAAAUAUAAUUGUAUACAUCUAAACAAGAAUAGAAAAAAAUCUCUUAAAAACAAAUUUACCAACCAACGUUCAAUUGUUUAAAUUAUUGCUUCCCACACCAUUCCGUUAGCCCUAUUUAGAACCUCAACUAACAUGACAUUUUAGUUAUUUUUUUUUAUUAAAAACCGUAAUAAAUCUAUCUUUCACUCUCUAUCAUUAUAUAUCUUUGAACUAUCCUUUUAACCUUUUCAAUUGCUUACUUGAAUUAACAUUUAUUGUUAUUAAAAUAAUUAGUUAGUUUUUCUUUUAAAUAUUUGAUUAGUUUUAAAGAAACAAAAAAAAAAUAUUAUUUUAAGUUUUAAAGAUUUUUGUUGUAGUCGUCUUGCUCGAUCAAUUAUUUUAAAAUAUUGUUUAUUUAGAAUUUAAUUUGAGUUAUUAUUAUAUAUUUUUUGAAUUAUUUUUAUCAAUAAACUUUUCAUUUAUAUUAUUCUUAUGAUUUUGUGUAUUUCGUUUUUUUAAUCAUUUUAAUUUAUAUUAUAAAACAGUGGUUCAAACUAUAAUGUAUCACUAUUACUGUAUCAUGAUCAUGUUGAUAGCAAGAGCAUUAAAACAUUUAAGGAAUUUGUACUUUUGAAAUUUUACAUGUCUUCAAUAUCAAUUUGCCAAAGGCGAUUAAGUCCUUAAUCGGCUUUGAGCUUAACGUUCGAUCAGGCUCAUUUUGUAUUCCUUGCGGAAAAAAUUGAGAAUAACAAACCUUUUAAAGUAACAACUAUUCUCAAGAUAUUCGAAAAUGCGAUAUCGCGUAGUACUUCAUUGUUGCUUUUACAACAAUCAAAUCCUGGUGUCGGAAAAACACGAGUACCUUUUCUCAAGGAAGUGGAAAAGUUCUAUUAACUAGAAUUGCUUCGAGAUAUCUAGCAAAGAUGAACAACUUCAACAAUAUAAAUUUAUUUUAUUCAAGGCAGAAACAUUAGAACUCUCUUGCGUUAUGGUCUGAGGCAUACUCUUAAAUGUAUCGAAAUAUGUUUUUUACAUCCAAUUUGGGCUCUGAGUAAUUCCAAACGACUGUCUCAGCUAGAACUUGCAUUACUCGAGGAAGAAUUAUGAAUUGUCUUUUGAUCUCGGUUUUAAAAUUGCCCAAAUAGGGCUAGUUUACGAGAGAGGUUCAAAUCUUUUACAGGGACAACAGUGAUUGAGUUAUUUCAACAGAAGGAUCCGUAUGACUCAAGUAACCCUAAGCCAACCAAUAGCCGCAUUUAAUACUUCGUUUCGAAUCAAUCGAACUAUGUUUAUGAGAGGGAAGCAAACCUCUUUAACCUUUUAUCGGAUUUCGCGUGGUUCUCGACAAUUAGAUCUUGGUUUCGAAAAGACACCAGGAAGUAGAAACGUUGGCGCAAGUUAUCUAGCAAAGACGAACAAUUCCAACAACAUGAAUUUAUUUUAUUCAAGGAAGAAACAUUUGGAGAUCUCCGUCGCGUUAUGAUCCGAGGAUUAAUCUUAAAUCUAUUUUGGCUCCGAAAAGUUCCAAACGUAACUCUCAACUAGAAUUGGUUUCACUCGGGGAAAAAUUAUGAAAAUAAAAUAUAAUCGUAUUUUGUAUAUUGCCCCGAAUCGGACAAGUGUCCGAGAGAGGAUCAAAUCUUUUGAAGAGACAUCAUGAUUGAGUUAUUUCAACAGCAGCAGAGGAUUCCCGAUGACUCGAAUUACUCGCUGCCAAUGAAUAAUGAAUAAAAGUUUUGUUUCGAAACAAUUCGUAAUCUUCUAGAAAAUCAAUCGGACUAUGUUUAUGAUAAGGAAGCAAACCCUUAAAAUGUUACAGUUGUAGUUCUAACAACUUCCAGAUCUGGAUUUUGGAAUGACUCAAAAGAGAAUUACUACAAAUCUAUUACACAGAGGGAAAAAAAGACGUUUUAAAAUUAUAUAUGCUUGGUACAAAAUUGACACCAAAGUGUUUAUAAUUUUUCAAUAACAUCCGUUGUCAAAGAAUGUACGGAUAGUUGUCAAAUCAACAACAAAAAUAUAAAAAAUGCACAACGUUAUCAAAUCAACAAAAAAAUAAUAACGUGUUUCAAAAGUGACAACGCUAUGUUGUCAAACAGAACGUUGAGAUGUCGAAAUGAUAACGAUUCGCUGUCGAAAUCACAACGAUACAUUGCCAAAAUGACUUAAUGCGUUGUUGACAACGAGGUGCUGUCCAACUUAUAACGGUGGUUUUCAAAAUGAUAACUGGGUGUUAUUUAAAUUGUAUACACAUCCGUUGUCUAAAUGUUAGCAAACGUGGUAAGCUCACUUUUGACAACGGAUUGUAUAAAUUUCGGUACUUUUCCACCGUUUUUCCCUCUGUGCAUGAAACAAGUUCAACCCCAAUAUGUUUCCUUUAAUCGGAAUGGGUUUUUGUUAGGAAGAAUUCGAAACGAAAACGUUUGUUCAAAGCUAUUUAUUUCGAAUAUUCUCCCCAACAAAGAUAUCGAUUAUUUUGAGACUGUUUGACCAGCAACCAUUUAAUAAUUAUGGCUCUGAGGUUGGAUAUAUAUAUAUAAAAUAUUUGGAAGUGAAUAUGUUUGGAAUUCUAUUGCAAAGACUUUUAAGGAUUCCUUGAUCUAAGCCAUAAAGUUCCUCAAUCAAGUUUCAAUCAAAUUUGAAAAACUCGCGGUAAAGUUCGAAUUAAUGUUUGGAAUAAGCUCAUACACUGAGAAAAAAUAAGCUUUAAUUGUAAUAACUGAAUUUGCCAGUCAGCAAAAUUUCAAUAGAGAUUGUUAAACUUUUAUUACGAAUAAUACAUCUGAACUUUACAACAUCCAAAGUUUUUGUCUUUGUGGAACAUUUUGAAUCUAAACGAUUUAUGAGCGAAAGGAAAUUCACAUACAUUUCAGACAUCAGCAUUAAACAUUAUUGAGACCAUCAAUCAUUGUAAAAUCGCAACAGGAACUAUUGCUAAAUUUUGCCCACAGUGGCAAAGGAAACAAAUUUAAUUAAGACAAAUAUAAAGUGAUAAUGAAUGACCACAAAAUAAUUUAUUUAAUUUAAUUUAAUUAUUUUUCUUUUUAUUUUCUUUUAAUUUUUUACAACAUUAGUGGGCCGACUACGAUGAAAAGGUAAGGUGUAAUUUUAAUUUAUUUUCAAGUUUUAUAUUUAUUACGGUAAUUAAAUUUUAUUAUUUUUUUAACUAACAAUUAUUAAUAAAAUUUCCAAUUUUUUUGUUUUAUAUGUAUUUCUUUUAAUUUGUAAAUGUUAUGUUGUGUUAACUGGGAACUGUAAAAUCAACUAAUUGAUGUUUAACCUAAAAUGUAUGAACUUCUAACAAAAAACUACAACUAAAAUACUAACCAAAUAAACAAAACUAAAAAUUUGAAACUAACAUUAGAUGGUGUGAUAUAAGCAAUUGGGAACCAUUAGUAAGGUAAGCUACACAUUAAACAAGAAAAAUUAAUUUAAUUAAUUAAGACAAGCUAAAGAAAUUAUGAAAAUGAAAUGAAAGAAAAAGUAAAACUGUACUACUAACUAAAGCAAAUGAUUGUGAAUCAAAAAAAAAAAAAAAAAAAAAAAAAAAAAACAAUUUAAAAA